AUGCAAGGAACACAAUUCGAUUCUACACCAGUUCGAGUACUUAAAAGUGAUACCCAACAUGUUGUUGGUGAUACAGCACGAAUGACUGCAACAGUAGGUGCUAUUGCUAUUGCAGAUUUAGUUAAAACAACGUUAGGACCAAUGGGAAUGGAUAAAAUAUUAAUUGGUUCAUCACAAGCUGAUAAUAUUACUGUUACUAAUGAUGGAGCAACUAUUCUCAAAUCAGUUAGAUUAGAAAACCCUGCUGCUAAAGUUCUUGUUGAAAUGAGUAAAACAACUGAUGAAGAAGUUGGAGAUGGAACAACAUCAGUAACCGUAUUAGCUGGAGAAUUAAUGAGAGAAGCAGAGAAAUUAAUGGCAGAAAAAAUUCAUCCGCAAGUUAUUAUUGAGGGAUGGAGAAUUGCUUUAAAGGCUGCACAAGAAAAAUUAGAAACUAUGCAAUUUGAUGUUUCAAGUGACCACGAAGCAUAUAAAAAAAGACUAAUGGAUAUUGCACGUACUACUUUAUCAUCAAAAAUUCUUUCAGCAGAAAAAGAAAAAUUUGCACAAAUUGCAGUUGAUGCUAUUGAAAAGAUUGGAGAUGCUGACAUUGACAAUGUUGUUAUUCUCCAAAAGAUUGGAGGAGAAAUGAGAGAGUCAUAUUUAGAAGAUGGAUUCUUAUUAGAAAAGAAAUUUGGAACAGCACAAAAACAUAAAGUAGAAAAUCCAAAAAUCAUGGUUGCUAAUACUGCUAUGGAUAAUGACAGAAUUAAAAUUUGGAGUGGUAAAGUUAAAGUUGAUAGUGUUUCAAAAGUAGCUGAAAUUGAAGAGGCUGAGAGAAGUCGUAUGUUAAAGAAAUGUGAACAAAUUAAAGCACAUGGAGUUACUUGUUUUGUUUCAAGACAAUUAAUAUAUCCAAUUCCAGAACAAUUCUUUAACGCUAAUGGUAUUGUUUCAAUUGAUCAUGCUGACUUUGAUGGAGUUGAAAGAAUUGCAGCAUUAUCAGGUGCAGAAAUUUUAUCUACUUUUGACCAUCCUGAUGAAGCUAAAUUAGGUACAUGCAAAAGUAUUGAAGAAAUUAUGAUUGGUGAAGAGACUUUAAUUAGAUUUAGUGGAUUUCCUCAUGGUGGAGCUUGUACUGUUGUAUUAAGAGGUCCAUCUAAACAAUUAUUAGGAGAAAUGGAAAGAAGUCUUCAUGACGCAUUAUGUGUUUUACAUAUUAUUCGUAAAGAUACUAAAAUGAUUUGUGGAGGUGGUUGUGUUGAAAUGGAAUUAAGUUUAGCAGUUGAAGAAGCUGCUAAAAAAACCGAAGGCAAAAAAGCUUUAGCAGUUGAGGCUUUUGCUCGUGCCUUAAGACAACUACCAAUGAUCAUUGCUGAUAAUGCUGGUUAUGACUCAGCUGAUCUUGUUGCUCAAUUACGUGCUGCUCAUGCAAAUAACUCAAUUCAAAAUGCUGGUUUAGAUAUGGAACAUGGUACUAUUGCUGAUAUGAAACAAAUUGGUAUUAUUGAACCUUUUAGAGUGAAAAAACACAUUUUAACUGCUGCUACUGAAGCUGCUGAAAUGAUUAUUCGUGUUGAUCAUAUUAUUCAGGCUGCUCCUAGAAAAAGAGAACAAAGAUAA